ACGUCUCGGUCGGCCACGAGCAAGGCAACAGUCAUAAGAAUGGCGCUCUUAGCGUACGUCCACGUCAGCCUCGGCGGCACGCUGCGUCAGAUCCCAGCGCCUGUCGCCACCUUUGGCGCCCAAGCCCCAGCCAAAUACACCGGAAUCCUCGUUCAUGCAGAGCCGCGAACCGCCUUUCCGAGCGUCACGAACGCCGCCGCCUUGCGCGGCAAGAUCGCCGUCGUCCAGCGCGGCGAGUGCUCAUUCGCUGCAAAGGCCAAGAGCCUGCAAGCCGCCGGUGCGAUCGCCAUGAUCCUCACCAACUCGAGCGAAGACCUCGUGCGCAUGGGCGAAGCGUUCGCCCACGAAGGCGUCGGGAUUGAGAUUCCCGUGCUCAUGGUCGGCCUCGGCCUCGGGCGGUCGCUCCGCGAUGGCCUCACUGCCACUGUCGAGCUCAAGAUUGAAGAGCGCUCCAAGACGCUGUUUCAGGCGUCCAUGGACGUCGUCAAAAAGACGGUCGAGCAAACCACCGAGGUCGUUCAAGCCAGUGUCGACGUCGUCAAGAAGCGCGUCGAAGUGAUGGCCAAGGAAGUCGCGCCGAGCGAGGCGCUGCCGGCGCUCCUACCCUCGAUGCUGCCCGAGAAGCGCAGCCCGAACCAACCUCUCCCACCGCUCUUUGCGUUCGUACUCUACGCCACGUCGGCCGACACGUAUACGGUGCAGUUUGCGCCACUGGCCGACUUUGGCCUCUCGCGGAAGCGCUUGUACUACCGCGGCCGACUCGUGUUUAGCCAUCCGUUGCAGGCGCACACAGCCCUUAGCAAUAAGGCAGGAAUGCCUGGCUCUAUUGUGCUCGUCGAGCGGGGCGGGUGCACGUUCCCCGAAAAAAUUGAGCGCGCACAAUCCGCCGGGGCGAUCGCCGUCCUUGUCGGCAACAACGACGCUGCCAACCCGGACGCCGCGUUCGUCAUGAGCGUCGACCAGCUCUCGGCCGACCACAUUACCAUUCCCAGCGUCAUGUUGCCGUACAACGUGUCGCAGGCGUUGCAAGCGGCGUCGCCCGACUCGAUUGGGAUCGUGUGCCUUGAAGGCGAAGCCGCCGGCGUCCUUCUCGCUGCCAGCUCCACGAGCAUCUCGCUUUGGGCGCCACCGCCGUGUACACCGUCAACGCUGCCGCCCCUCGUCGCCGCCGCCCGGGAAAACGACGCAGCCCGCGUCACCGAGCUCCUCUCGAUGCAGUCGCCCCACGCGUGUGACGCGUACAACGUCACCGCCCUCCACCACGCGUGUCUUGUCGGUGCGGUCGACGUCGUCGAGCUCCUCUUGGCGGCCGGGGCGCAAGUCGACUCGGUGGACCUCGGGUCCCAAACACCGCUGCACUAUGCGUGCAUGGCGCCGAGCGUAGCUUGCGUGAGUGCCCUCUUGACCGCCGCAGCGCACACGUUGGCGCGCAACGAAGGCGGGAGUUCGCCGCUGCACGUGGCGUGCUACGCUGGCAGCACCGAGUGCAUGGAGCUGCUUCUCACCGCGUCCGCAACGCUCGACAGCGAUGGCAAGUACAACUUCCACGGCGUCGAUGAGCGGGACAAGAGCGGGCGCACGCCGCUCCAUGUCGCGUGCCUGCACGGACAUGCCGACUGCGCCUUGUACCUCAUGGCGGCCCAAGCGCACGUCAAUUUGGCCGACGCCCGAGGGUUUACGCCACUUCACUAUGUGUGCGAUCGACUCGAGAAGCAGCCCGACAUGUUGCACGUCAUUGAACAACUGCUUGCGUACGGCGCCGAAAUGGUCGACCGCACGACCAGCGCCGCGCAGCAGUCGCUCGUGCUUGACCGUAUCUCGGACCGCCGGCUCCGGCGCGAAGUCGAAGUGCUCUACCUUCGGCGCCAAGUGAGUUUGCAGGACAAGGUGACGGCGGCAUUGCGCAGCGACCUGCGGUCGCAAGCCGAGAGCUAUAACGCGCAGCUGGCGACCGUCCAAGCGACGGCCGAGGCGACGGCAACAGCGUGCCAAGCGCAGCUGGCCCAGCAGGCACGGCAGCUCGACCACGUACAGCGGCAACUGGCCUCGGUUUUGCAAGUGCUGCAAACGUCAGGGACGCCGUCGGUCGCUAGCACUCCGCAAGUGGUCGCACUGCCCGUCACGGAGCAUGGCGACAGCUUGGAGGAAACCGAGAAGGCACAAGAAGCCGGCUUGGCGCGGGAUCUUGGGAAAAAGUACCUCCGCCUCAAGCAGUAUGCUACCGCCGUCGCGUACCUCGAUUCCUCAAUGGCGCUGUACAAGUUGCCAGGCGUCGCCCGACUGCUUCAGCACGCGACGGUGCUGCGCGAUGCAAGCAGCGGGGCCUCGUCCAUGCCGCCCUCCACAACGCAGCUUGUGGCGUUGUACCGGGAGCGCUUUGCCGCGUUGGGCGCGCCCGACCACGCGCUUGAGGCUUUGGAAAGCGAAGUCGUCGCGCUUGCGUCCAUGGCUCCUGGCUCGACCGAGUACGACGCCACGAAAAAGUGGCUCGACUGGCUUUUGCUGCUUCCGUGGACCGAGGCGUCCAUGCCGCAGAGCAAGGCGGUUUUUGCGCAUGUCUCGACGCUCCAAGCCGACGACACGCGGCGCCACGCAGCCUGCGUCAUUCAACGCGCCUUCCGCGACCGCUGGGCCUUGGUGUUUUGGCGGCGUGACGCAGCGGCCGUCACGCUCCAAGCGCACGUGCGCGGGUUCCUCGUGCGCCGAGCACGCGUCGCGUCGGACACGGAAAGCUCGCACAGCGAGUCGGAGGCAAGCGAAAUUGUAGUCGACAACAACCCGACUGCAACCGAUGCGCCCGUACCCGACACGCAAGUCGCCAAGGUUGAUGACAUUGAUGUGACCUCGAGGGUCGACUCGCACCUGCAGCGCGGCCGGGUCAAGCACGGACGCGUCGUCCGCGGCGUCCGCAUGCGCCAUGCGACCAAAGGGGAUCACGCCUGCGUCCUCCAGUGGCUCACGACAGACGCGUCCAACCAAGCACAGCACUACAUUUGGUGUCGAUGGGGCGCCAGCCACGCGGCCGAGAGCGCGCUAAAAGGCCCGUACGACGACGACGACGCAGCCCGCGAGUUUGAGCGGCACUUUCGCGCCAAGACCGGUCUCACGUGGGGUUGCGACAAGUUGUCUCCAUCGCCCGAGCAGGCAACGUGGCUCGUGGAGCACGGCGAACGAAGAGCCACAGCGUAGUCAUUUAGUCGAAUAUAGGGGACAUGCACUUAUGCAAAGCGUGGAGGGUCUCUAGGACGACGAGUUGACAUUGAUGGUCGAG